AAAAUUUGAGUUUUGGUGUGCCAAAAAAAUAAUAAUCACUGUGUAUUGUGUAAAAUAUAAAUGUUGCGGUUUAAUUUGGACUUAUCUUUUAAGAUUCAUUACAAUUAUUAAUAUUAUCCAUUCAAUUUUAUAAACCACCGGGUUGAUGCGCCUUAUCCUUUCUAAUAAAAUUGUGCAUGUAAACAAUGGACUAAAGAUUUUUGACGAAUUUCCCUAUUUAUUGCUAAGCGCUUUAAGUGCUUUCUCAAACACUCGGCAAUCAGUAUUCACUGUGUAGUUAUUUGUUUUAUUACUACGACGUUCAGUUAUGUAUUCAUUCGAGGGAGAUUUUAGAAGAAAGCCCCAGCAAAACCUAGCUGGAGCUAGUGCACAGCGAAAGACUGAUAGAGACGGUCUCAUACACCAGACGCAAUUACAGAGACAAAAACGAGAGGAACACAGAAAAAGGCUCAACAGUACAAUUAAAAUCCAAGCUUAUGUGCGAAGUUAUCUAACAAGAAAACAUUGUAAACAAAUUGAGAGACAGAGUUUUGAUAAUCUUUUUUCUCAAGUAGCUAAUUUUGACCAAUCCAUGCAGUCAGUCCUUGUUGGAAAAUUAUUAUUUUUUUAUGAUCACAAAAUUGACAGCAAAAGAUUGGUAUCUAUAUCCCAAAUUUUGUUAAAACAAUGGCAAAAUAUAUUCAUUAGUGAUACUUCCUCCAUACAGUUAAGGCGAUUAUUGGAAUUGCAUUUAAGGUUGUUAAGAAUGGAUUCAGAGGUACCAUUGGCUGUACCUCUUCGAAUGUUUGAAGUUUUUACCUCUGUGAACACUGUUAGUACAAUGAUGAGCCAAGAAAAUGCAAUGAAUGUAGUUGGGCGCAUGUUUCUCUUUCUCGUCAAAAGAGGAUACUUUAUGGAGCUCUGUCACCUUAUAUGUAGGAAAACACCACCUCUCUAUGGUCCUUCAGCAAAUCCACCAACACCCCUUUGUGGAGCAUUAUAUGAUUUGAUACAAAGGCCCUUAUAUCUGACAAGCAGAGUUACCGUACCUGAAUAUAAUGACUUAAUUAUGACAGAAUUUGCAUCAGCAUUUUUAUGCAAUCCUUAUCCGGAACCUGUGGAACUGUUUAUAAUACCUGCACUAGCCAAUGACGUCAACAGGCGAUUUCCAUUUGUUGCUCUUAUAGAAUGCUUGCAAGACGAGUCAAAGUAUACCAAUAGUCGACUCUGUAAUGACUCUUGGCUUUUACAUUCCGUACUUAUGCUUGAACCAUCUGGAUUUGUUAAUGAGGUCCGCAAAAUAGAUCAUACAAGGCUGCCACUCAAUCAGAUUGUACUCAAUUAUCUUAGAAUACUCGCUAAGUUAACAGUAAAUGCAUGCAAUAAACAAAUAAAGUAUGAAUAUGAAGACUCCUUGUAUAGUCAAGAAACAGCAGCCGAUAAUGACGAUGAUGAUAGUGACAGUGAAAGUGAACCAAAUCCUACUUCAGUUAGGGAACAAACUCUAUUGACAAAAUGUGUUGAGACCUUAAAUGAGCCUGAACGCUGCGUGAUGAAUACAUGUGGACAGAUAGUGGAAACUGAUUUGAGUGACGAUUUCAUAGAUUAUGUCUCACAAAUUUGUCACAAUUUACUAUUGAGUCAUCGAAUGGCGUUGCAUAAGUACAGAUUAUUAUACACACUUGCAUUUAAACCUCUAUUUCUCCGCGGUCUGUGGCAUUGGCUAACUAAUAUGUCUCAUAAGUCAACUUUCGGGACAAACACCCCAUUAAUAUCAGCUCUGUCUCGGGGUAUGGGGGCAGACGCAUCAGUUAUGGGAGUACAUAGGCUGUUGGCGCCAUUAGCUGUUUUCUGUGCUUUGUUCACUUUGUUGAUAGGAACUCUGCAUGACACGGAAUUCUUUAGAGAUACGGAGAGUGAUGAAAAAAUUGCAGUGCCAAAUAUAUCGAAUACCACUGGGCGUGUACACGCAUUUGAUUUCUCGGAGCUAAGUGGUCUGUGUCGUACUCUGAAACAAGUAUGUCUUGGGCUUGUUGAGUUAGUUUACCCCGAAUCUAGACCAUCUAUAGUGGGUCAGUAUAAGGAUGCUGUAGGAGCCCUGACUGACGCCCCAGCUAAGAAUUUGACACCGGCAUGGACGCAUUUGUUUAAGGUGUGUACGCAACUUUUACGUGCGUUGUACGCUCGUGAUAGUCGUUUGCAAUUUACGGGGGGCGUGUCUUGGGCUUCUCCUGGGGCCGUGGGUGUGCCUCCGGUUCCCGCAGAUGGAACUGCAGCAUCUCUAGCUGUAAGGGGCAGACACCGACGAACUUACAGGGCUCAUUUGGCUCAUCUUGCGCCUACGGAACAAGAAGAGGGGCCUCCGCUAACAAUAAAGGAAUUGAGAACUGUAACUAUACUGAGAGAGAUACCGUUCGUUGUGCCAUUUUCAACUCGGGUUCUAAUCUUUCAAGGCUUAUUAUUUAGGGAAAAAUCUGAGCAUUGGUAUGAAAUGACGAAUUUUAAUGAGGGCCCUUCAAUAAACAUAAGUGUGCGGCGAACGCACCUCUACGAAGACGCAUUUGAUAAACUUAGACCCGAAAAUGAGCCAAACUUGAAACUUAAACUGCGAGUACAACUAAUCAAUCAGGCCGGUGCAGAGGAACCAGGGGUUGAUGGUGGAGGACUUUUUAGGGAAUUUUUGUCAGAACUUCUAAAGUCGGCUUUUGACCCAAACAGGGGUCUAUUUAGGCUAACCAAGGAUAACAUGUUGUAUCCGAAUCCCGGAGUUCAUUUAUUGUAUGACGACUUCCCUGUCCACUACUAUUUUAUUGGGAGAAUGCUAGGAAAGGCGCUAUACGAGAAUCUUUUGGUAGAACUGCCUCUGGCGGAGUUUUUCUUAGCGAAAUUGUGCUCUUCCCGUGAGCCCGAUGUACACGCGCUUGCGUCUCUAGAUCCAGGUCUCUAUCGAGGUCUGUUGUUGCUGAAAUCACACAGCUGGGAAGAUGUACCAGAUUUAGGAUUGGACUUUACCGUUGUCAGUGAUGAGCUGGGAGAACAAAGGAUAGAAGAAUUGAAACCGGGAGGUGCUAAUAUUGCCGUGACAGCGGAAAAUAGAAUAGAAUACAUUCAUCUUGUUGCCGAUUUCAAAUUGAAUAGACAAAUCCGUGCGCAGUGUAACGCGUUCAAACGAGGCUUAAUGUCAGUGAUUAACUCUGAAUGGUUGAGAAUGUUUUCGUGUCGAGAACUUCAAUUAUUAAUAUCUGGGGCCGAAGUGCCAAUAGAUUUGCACGAUUUAAAGCAACAUACACAAUAUGGAGGUGGUUUCUCCGAAACACAUCCAACUAUACAACAUUUCUGGAAAGUAGUGGAGAGGUUUACGGACGACCAACGCCGACAAUUACUCAAAUUUGUUACCAGUUGUUCUAGACCACCCUUAUUAGGGUUCAAGGACUUACAACCACCGUUCUGCAUACAAUCAGCUGGUUCAUCGGACCGGCUCCCCUCCUCAUCAACUUGUAUGAACCUCUUAAAAAUACCGGAAACAAACUCUGAAGAGAUUUUAGCUGAAAAGCUUUUAUAUGCGAUACAGGCUGGCGCCGGAUUUGAAUUAAGUUAGGUCCCAGUCAACGUUAUUUAAUUUCCUUGUUAAUGUAGAUACAUAGAUUUUACAAACUUUUAUCUCGAUGUGAUAGUGGGCCGGUGCGACGGUUUAAAUUAUGGAACAAAUUAGUUAUUCUUCAUUGUUUGUUGUGAAAGUUCGGAAUGAAUUUGGGAGUCUUAUGUAUUUAUUUAAAAUAAUUGGUGUCAAAGUGUUUAUUAAUAUUUUAGCUCAUGUAAAUAAAUACAAGAUAUUUAAGAUGA